AUGGCACAUCACGGACAACCUCAGCCAGUGGAACCAGUGGACUCAUUCUGGGAUGAGCUCAUCUGCGAGGCCUACCUGGAAUGGAUCUACCUCGGCCCAGACGACUUUCGCAGUGUCCAUCAUUUCUGGCCCAUUCUUCUCCGCCAUUACUUCACUCUGGAGGAUAACUGUGGGGUCGACGGCGAGCGAUGCACCACGCACCCAAGGCCCAGACAGCAUCUGAAUUCCUUCGUGGUCCACCUUGCUCCUCCUCAUCUGCAACGGCGCCGGGUCAUUGCUGUCGAAGCUAGGUGGUUUCCCUCCGAUACGUCGCCUGGCUGGGAGAACAACUACGACUGGACGCAUGUUCGCGAGACGCUCCGGGCCCAUAUGCUCUCCGAUUGGACCAUGCGGACGACAGUGCAAACCACGUACGGCAUCGUGGCAGUUGGCGACCGUGUUCGCUUUUACUACAUGUCUAAGAAUGAUCUUGUGGGUGAGCUCCGUACCUGGAAUGGCCAUCCUGUGGAUGCCCCAGAGGCGGAUCAAUCGCCCAUCUUGAACAUUUUCAGUCUUGUUGACCAGGGAGUGAUUCAUCAGCUGAUGCUUCGUAUGCGUCAGGAUGUUCUCUCUGGGUGCAAUACCUACUAG